AUGAGAAUUCACACUGGAGAGAUGCUGUUUACAUACACUCAGAGUGGAAAGACUAUCAUUCAAGACAAGAACCUUAAAGUUCUCAAGAGAGUUCACACUGAAGAGAGACCUUUCAACUGCCAACAGUGUGGAAACAGAUACACUCACAAAGGAAGUCUUAAUAGACACAUGAGAACUCACAAUGGAGAGAAGCCUUUCCCAUGCUCUCAGAGUGGAAAGACUUUUGACCAACAUGAAAAACUUGAAGUCCACAAGAAAAGUCAUAAUGGAGAGAAACCCUACAUGUGCAUUCAGUGUGGAAAGAGUUUCAAUCAGAAAGGACACCUUAAACUCCACUUGAGAAUUCACUAG